AUGUUCAACACGACAUGCGGCCUUCCAUGCGACCUUCCAGAAGAAAUUGAGACACUUGGCGCACGCGAGGAGAAGGAGUACAGUAGUUUGACUUGUUUGAAAGGAACAUGCAUGCAGAAUCCUGUUGCGAGUGGUCAAUUGAAGUGUGUUGGAGAAAAGAACAAUAAUAAGGAUCCGUUGCGUCCUCUUGAAAGUUGAAGCACACGCAUGUGCUUGUGGAUUAGUACCGGGAAUUGUUUUUCCGCCCCAUAGAUUCUUGAUGAAAAUCCUUAGCUUUCUCGCUUAGCUUGGGCAUCAUCCUUAACCUUAGCGUAAUCGAUUUUACUUCACAACUUCCUUAUUUCGCACCUCAGCAUCUCAAGACUCAGGGUUCCUUGAGUUGUUUAAAGUUUGACAUAGAUUAAGGGUCUUUUUUCUUUAUGCUGAACAACAUUGACAAACAUAAACUGUCAAAGCUUUAGGCGCCAACAUGGAGGGUCACUAAUUCAUUGACCCAGGGCCGGGACUCUACGGAGUACUUCGUAGUGUAACAUAUGGUCUGUUUGUAGGCUGUAUCAUGGCAUGUGCUAGUGGAAAUUCCCUCUAUGGUUGGGAAUUUAAUAGCGCAUGGUAGUCGCAUGAUCAAUGAACCUGCCAUCCUGGUCUUUGGAAGCGCACUAAGAAAUUAGCUCCACCGUCCAUAAGGCAAACAAAGCAACUGCAGCGAGUCUGCACGCGAGGAGGUUGACCUGGAAAGAGGCCAGAUAGUGUUACCUGAGCGACAGGGACAGGGGAUAAUGUAAAGGUUAAUUUUGGAUCUGCUCAGUGGUUGGUUGGUGGCCCGAGUCUCAGAACCAGGGGUUGGUGAUGGGGCGGAGCGGACUGGGAAUAUUACUAAGUGGGCGGGGGACGCAAAGUCCGGUGGAUUCGUGCUGGAUUCAAGCAAGUGCCGGACGAAAUGCAGAGAGCCAAAUGCAAGAUUUAAUGUAUUGUGAUUGGGUGUGUAAUGGGACCGGGGUCAUGCCGUACGGCCGGUGGGGUGAGGAUUGAAGAUGCCUUUUGGUGAAAAGAUCCAUCAGAUUAAGGCGUCAACGGCGUCAAUGAUCAAAAGUCCAUAGAUUGAGGCACAUAUCGGAUAGGAACCGAAGCAUAGAUAUACAUGGGAUCGCCCCUUUCCAGCUUCAAUCAUUGGAUGCUGUAGAUAUCAUUUUGCCACGGAGAUGUAUGAUCAAGGAAUGAAGAAUGGAUGAGAAGCGUAGGGUGUCCGCGAUCGACAGAUUGCGAAUCCGAAAAACCUGGAAGUCUAGGUGCGAGAUGAUGCAUGUGAUCGGAUUGUCAUUGAUGAUCUUAAUAUGAUACGUCUCCGACUCUCCGAUAAAGGAGGAGGAGGAUUCGAGUGGUCGUGGGGAGAUGGGGAGUGGAGUAUCAAAAUCCUUCGUGUCCUUCAACAUGAGAAUUCAUGUUGUUGGAAAGUGGAGGGCUGGUAUCUAUGUCGUUUGAUUCUGAAACGGCAAGGGAGGUGAGAGACCUCGUUGCAUAUGUGCAGGUGCUUUUGAGGAAGGAAUCGUUUUGCAUGAGAAAUAUGGACCUGUGCAGAAGUUUGCAGCUGAGGUGGUUACGUGCAUGGGGAAAUAUUGAAAGGAGGCUGGAGAAGCUUUGAUGUUGAAUUGUUGCGCGUCCUAGACAAUUGCAGGGCAACGCAAGAGAAGCACGAAUUUGGAAUGAAGAAAGGGGCUCGGGAUUGUAUGAGUAAUUCUUCGCAUCAUGGCAGCCUAGGAUGGUUUCCUUUCAUAGUGCUUCAAAGGACGAGGAGGAGUUGUGCACGGUCGGUCCUGUUAU